GCUCGGCGACAUCCCCUCCUCUCGCAGAGACCAAAAGGUCAAGGAAACAAAGUACAAAAUGGUUCUGUGCAUCAAAAGGAUGGUCUAAAUGAUGAUGAUUUCGAACCUUACUUGAGCCCACAGGCAAGGCCGAAUAAUGCAUAUACUGCCAUGUCAGACUCCUACUUACCCAGUUACUACAGCCCCUCUAUUGGCUUUUCCUAUUCUUUGGGUGAAGCUGCUUGGUCUACUGGAGGUGACACAGCCAUGCCCUAUCUAACUUCUUAUGGACAACUGAGCAACGGAGAGCCCCACUUUCUACCAGAUGCAAUGUUUGGGCAACCAGGAGCCCUAGGUAGCACUCCAUUUCUUGGUCAGCAUGGUUUUAAUUUUUUUCCCAGUGGGAUUGACUUCUCAGCAUGGGGAAAUAACAGUUCUCAGGGACAGUCUACUCAAAGCUCUGGAUAUAGUAGCAAUUAUGCUUAUGCACCCAGCUCCUUAGGUGGAGCCAUGAUUGAUGGACAGUCAGCUUUUGCCAAUGAGACCCUCAAUAAAGCUCCUGGCAUGAAUACUAUAGACCAAGGGAUGGCAGCACUGAAACUAGGUAGCACAGAAGUUGCAAGCAGUGUUCCCAAAGUUGUAGGCUCUGCUGUUGGUAGUGGGUCCAUCACUAGUAACAUUGUGGCUUCUAGCAGUUUGCCUCCAGCUACUAUUGCUCCUCCAAAACCAGCAUCUUGGGCUGAUAUUGCUAGCAAACCUGCAAAACAACAACCUAAGCUGAAGACCAAGAAUGGCAUUGCAGGAUCAAGUCUUCCACCGCCCCCAAUAAAGCAUAACAUGGAUAUUGGAACUUGGGAUAACAAGGGUCCUGUGGCAAAAGCCCCCUCACAGGCUUUGGUUCAAAAUAUAGGUCAGCCAACCCAGGGAUCUCCUCAGCCUGUAGGACAGCAGGCCAAUAAUAGCCCACCAGUGGCUCAGACAUCAGUAGGGCAACAGACACAGCCAUUGCCUCCACCUCCACCACAGCCUGCUCAGCUCUCAGUCCAGCAGCAGGCAGCUCAGCCAACUCGCUGGGUAGCACCUCGGAACCGUGGCAGUGGGUUCGGUCAUAAUGGGGUGGAUGGUAAUGGAGUAGGACAGUCUCAGGCGGGUUCUGGAUCUACUCCUUCAGAGCCUCACCCAGUGUUGGAGAAACUUCGGUUCAUUAAUAACUAUAACCCUAAAGAUUUCGACUGGAAUCUGAAACACGGCUGGGUUUUCAUCAUUAAGAGCUACUCUGAGGACGAUAUCCACCGUUCCAUUAAGUAUAAUAUCUGGUGCAGCACAGAGCAUGGUAACAAGAGACUGGAUGCCGCCUAUCGUUCCAUGAACGGGAAGGGUCCCGUGUACUUACUUUUCAGUGUCAACGGCAGUGGACACUUCUGUGGAGUUGCAGAGAUGAAAUCUGCUGUGGACUACAACACAUGUGCAGGUGUGUGGUCCCAGGACAAAUGGAAGGGUCGUUUUGACGUCAGAUGGAUUUUUGUGAAGGACGUUCCCAACAGCCAACUGCGACACAUUCGUCUAGAGAACAACGAGAAUAAACCAGUGACCAACUCUAGGGACACUCAGGAAGUGCCUCUGGAAAAAGCUAAGCAGGUGUUGAAAAUCAUAGCCAGCUACAAGCACACCACUUCCAUUUUUGAUGACUUCUCACACUAUGAGAAACGCCAAGAGGAAGAAGAAAGUGUUAAAAAGGAACGUCAAGGCCGUGGGAAAUAAAAAGCGGUUCUGCACAGACUGCAGCAACGGUUGCGUCUGCUUAUCCUAAGAGGACACGAUGACCUGCAAGAAAAUUAGGACUUUUUUUCUUUUCAUUGACUUCAGAGACAAUUGCAAACUUGCAGUUUAAGUAUUGGAAUUUCACAAAAGACAUAGGACUUAACUGGAAAAUGGGG